UUUAACUUUAAAAAAAUAUGUGGAAUUCCCGCCACAAUUUUGUCCCACGAUUGCCAUUCGAAAAACUUCAGAUCUGGCGUUGAAAAGCUGAGUUGGCAACACUGAUUACGCUACGUUUUAUGUUCGCCUAGUUACCUAGUCUCCUAGCCAUCAUUUUUGGAACCUGUUUGGCCAGUCGUUGUGGAUGUUGUUUGUGUAUGUUGUUUUUAAAUGAUACGAGCUGUUUUGGAACAACGUCAAUCACUCACCAAACUUCGCUUUAAACGCACGGAAUACAGCAAAUUAAUAAAACAUGUCGAAUAAUAAUAACAAUACUGAUAUGGCUACCAAGGAUCUGCUCACAUUGGAUAAUCCCGUCUUUUGUUGCUAUUUGUUUUGGGCCACAGUGUUGGUGGUCAAAAUGUUGCUCAUGUCUUUGCUAACGGCAUUGCAGCGUUUCCGUUACAAGCUGCUGGGCCUUAUGCCAUUGGGUCUGCGGCGCAAGAUAUUUCCCAAUGAGGAGGAUCUCUUUUUUAAGAACAUUGAAGUGCAGUUUGAUGAUCCACAUGUGGAACGUGUGCGCAGAGCGCAUCGCAAUGACAUGGAAAACAUUUUGCCAUACUUCAUUAUGGCUUUAAUAUAUGUGUGCACAAAUCCCAAUCCCUUGGUUGCCUGCAAUUUGUUCCGCGUCGCCGCCGUCGCCCGCAUUGUCCAUACGCUCGUCUAUGCCUUGUAUCCAGUGCCACAACCGUCGCGGAUUAUCGCAUUUGCCACCAUGAUGCUUAUUACGUUCUACAUGGCUGCUGUGGUGGCCUUGCGUACGCUAAGUUUCAUUUAAAUUUUGUAUUUGUAUUUUGUAGUUUAAAUAAUGGCGCUUAAAGCGUCGCACUUGCUUCAGGGCUGCACAAUCAAUAUUACGAUCACAAUAAAAAUACAAAUAAAAGCAAUGCAGAAGCAAUUGUACUAUUAA